AUGCAUUCUCUCGAGGACAAGGACGACACCAAGUCGAGGACGACUCCAUGCGGUGAGCAGGUCGUUCUCGAGGAGCAGAGUGACAAAGCGCCAAGCAUGCAUUCUCUCGAGGACAAGGACGACACCAAGUCGAGGACGACUCCAUGCGGUGAGCAGGUCGUUCUCGAGGAGCAGAGUGACAAAGCGCCAAGCAUGCAUUCUCUCGAGGACAAGGACGACACCAAGUCGAGGACGACUCCAUGCGGUGAGCAGGUCGUUCUCGAGGAGCAGAGUGACGAAGCGCCAAGCAUGCAUUCUCUCGAGGACAAGGACGACACCAAGUCGAGGACGACUCCAUGCGGUGAGCAGGUCGUUCUCGAGGAGCAGAGUGCCAAAGCGCCAAGCAUGCAUUCUCUCGAGGACAAGGACGACACCAAGUCGAGGACGACUCCAUGCGGUGAGCAGGUCGUUCUCGAGGAGCAGAGUGCCAAAGCGCCAAGCAUGCAUUCUCUCGAGGACAAGGACGACACCAAGUCAAGGACGACUCCAUGCGGUGAGCAGGUCGUUCUCGAGGAGCAGAGUGACGAAGCGCCAAGCAAGCAUUCUCUCGAGGACAAGGACGACACCAAGUCAAGGACGACUCCAUGCGGUGAGCAGGUCGUUCUCGAGGAGCAGAGUGCCAAAGCGCCAAGCAUGCAUUCUCUCGAGGACAAGGACGACACCAAGUCAAGGACGACUCCAUGCGGUGAACAGGUCGUUCUCGAGGAGCAAAGUGACGAAGCGCCAAGCAUGCAUUCUCUCGAGGACAAGGACGACACCAAGUCGAGGACGACUCCAUGCGGUGAGCAGGUCGUUCUCGAGGAGCAGAGUGCCAAAGCGCCAAGCAUGCAUUCUCUCGAGGACAAGGACGACACCAAGUCAAGGACGACUCCAUGCGGUGAGCAGGUCGUUCUCGAGGAGCAAAGUGACGAAGCGCCAAGCAAGCAUUCUCUCGAGGACAAGGACGACACCAAGUCGAGGACGACUCCAUGCGGUGAGCAGGUCGUUCUCGAGGAGCAGAGUGCCAAAGCGCCAAGCAUGCAUUCUCUCGAGGACAAGGACGACACCAAGUCAAGGACGACUCCAUGCGGUGAACAGGUCGUUCUCGAGGAGCAGAGUGACAAAGCGCCAAGCAUGCAUUCUCUCGAGGACAAGGACGACACCAAGUCAAGGACGACUCCAUGCGGUGAGCAGGUCGUUCUCGAGGAGCAAAGUGACGAAGCGCCAAGCAAGCAUUCUCUCGAGGACAAGGACGACACCAAGUCGAGGACGACUCCAUGCGGUGAGCAGGUCGUUCUCGAGGAGCAGAGUGCCAAAGCGCCAAGCAUGCAUUCUCUCGAGGACAAGGACGACACCAAGUCGAGGACGACUCCAUGCGGUGAGCAGGUCGUUCUCGAGGAGCAGAGUGCCAAAGCGCCAAGCAUGCAUUCUCUCGAGGACAAGGACGACACCAAGUCGAGGACGACUCCAUGCGGUGAGCAGGUCGUUCUCGAGGAGCAGAGUGCCAAAGCGCCAAGCAUGCAUUCUCUCGAGGACAAGGACGACACCAAGUCGAGGACGACUCCAUGCGGUGAGCAGGUCGUUCUCGAGGAGCAGAGUGACGAAGCGCCAAGCAAGCAUUCUCUCGAGGACAAGGACGACACCAAGUCGAGGACGACUCCAUGCGGUGAGCAGGUCGUUCUCGAGGAGCAAAGUGACGAAGCACCCAGCAAGCGUGCUCGCUACGACAAGGACGAUACUGAGUCGAAGACGACUCCAUGCGGUGAGCAGGUCGUUCUCGAGGAGCAGAGUGACGAAGCGCCAAGCAUGCAUUCUCUCGAGGACAAGGACGACACCAAGUCAAGGACGACUCCAUGCGGUGAGCAGGUCGUUCUCGAGGAGCAAAGUGACGAAGCGCCAAGCAAGCAUUCUCUCGAGGACAAGGACGACACCAAGUCAAGGACGACUCCAUGCGGUGAACAGGUCGUUCUCGAGGAGCAGAGUGACAAAGCGCCAAGCAUGCAUUCUCUCGAGGACAAGGACGACACCAAGUCAAGGACGACUCCAUGCGGUGAGCAGGUCGUUCUCGAGGAGCAGAGUGACGAAGCGCCAAGCAUGCAUUCUCUCGAGGACAAGGACGACACCAAGUCAAGGACGACUCCAUGCGGUGAGCAGGUCGUUCUCGAGGAGCAGAGUGACAAAGCGCCAAGCAUGCAUUCUCUCGAGGACAAGGACGACUUCGGCUCCGACUCCGACGAAGCCAUGGGGCGAUCACGCCCGAGCCCCGCUCACCCGCUCCAGGCCGAGGUUUUCGAGGUGUUCGAGGAAUGCUGGCACCAAAGUGCUUUCAUCGUGUUCCGCGACUCCGACGUGCCCUGCGGCGGCCGUGCGCGGAGGAGGUCCGUUUCUGACUCAGUUCUGCCUCGACUUGGCCCUUUGUGGUGUCCUCAACAGCAGCUCACGUCCUGGACGGGACGGAUGCCAAGCAGCUCUUAG